AUGUGCCGGUUCCUGGUAUAUAAAGGAAGCGAUGAAAUUUUGCUUUCCAAGCUGAUCCUCGAACCAACUCAUUCGAUCCUCAAGCAGUCCUUUGAUUCACGGCUUCGCUUGGAUACCCGUCGUGGACAAAACAAUGCAGAUGGCUUCGGCAUCGGCUUCUACACCCACCCCAAGCUUGGCGCGGCUCCCUGCCUCUUCACCUCGACUACGCCCGCAUGGAACUCGCCGAAUCUGAACCGGCUAGCGAGCAAAACGGCCUCGCGUCUUAUAUUCGCCCACGUGCGCGCCACGACAGAGGGCUCCAUCUCCGAGGACAACUGCCACCCUUUCUACCACGGCAGCCUGAUGUGGAUGCACAACGGUGGCCUCGGCGGCUGGAAAUACAUCAAGAGGCGGCUUGGCGAGCGUCUAGCUGACCGGUGGUACCUGGGCGUCGUGGGCGGCACGGACAGCGAGUGGGCGUUCGCCCUGUUUCUGGAUACGCUGGAGCGUAUGGGAUACGACCCGAGCGCGCAGCCUGAAAAGGGGUUCGGACCUACUGUUUUGCGCAGGGCCAUGCUCAAGACCAUUGAGCUGAUCAACGAGCUCAUCGACGACAUACCGGAGAGCAUCAUCCAGGCUGAGAAGGUGGACACGCGCAGCCUGCUCAACUUUGCCCUCACGGACGGGCACAGCAUCAUCUGCACAAGAUAUGUGAGCAGCGCCACCGAUGAGGCUGCAAGUUUGUACUACUCUUCGGGCAGUCAGUGGGAGAAUAGGCCAUCGCCCGAGGAUGAGUGCAAUUUUCAGAUGGAGCGGCGCGAUAAGGGUGCCGAUGUUGUCCUUGUCGCUAGCGAGCCGUUGACGUUUGAGAGGGAAAAUUGGGUCAACGUACCUACAAACUCAAUUCUCACCAUACACGGUCAAACAGUCAUGGUGCAUCCGAUCAUAGAUCAGUUCUCUAACCACAACCCUUACCACACAAGGUCUGCCGCCUAUGUGCAGACGAAGGGUCUGUCGGCGAACGAGAAGCUUGCCGUGGCCCCAGCGCUAGAGGACGCAGCCAGAGUCUCCCCCUCUGCCAUUGCCGCUGAGGCCUUGCAACGGCGCCUCCAGGGAUCUGCAGCCCAGGCUCCUCUCCCAUAUCAGCCGCGGGCGGGGAGCGGCGGCGGCGGCGGCCACGAGGACGCGGCGGCGCGGCGGACGGCCUCGGCGCGGCGGGACCUCGACGUCUGGCGGCCGUGGGUGGCGGAGCACGCCAAGUCGGUCUGGAACUGCGCCUGGUUCGACAGGGACGAGGACAUUGACCGCAUCGACCGGCUCGACUUUUGCAGGGCCCGGCUGGGGCGGCGCAUGAUGGUGCAGCCGACGUACCUCUUGUACCACGACGAGCGGGAGGAGGACCUCGUCGCGGCGCAGCAGAGGUGGACUGCGGAGCUGGGCGUCGUGAUGAGGCCGCUGCGCUAUCAUCUGUUGCCGAUGGAGGAGCACCUGAUCAGGGUCGAGGAGGAGGCCAGGAGGCGGGAGGCGGCGCGGCUUGCUGCUGUUGCUGCUGCGGGUCGUGUUGAUCGGGCUGAUGGCCGUGCGAAUAGAGGGCGUGGUGGUGAUGAGAGGGUCGCUGAUCCGCCCAGGGAGAACCAGAAUGGUGACGGGGCUGCUGGCGUGCCCCCGAAUAAUGACGCCGAGCAGGAGAGGCUUCGCAGCCCACAGGACCCAAGCGGUAGGAGUGGCGUCACCGAGGAGAUAAAAGCUGAUGGAGCUACAACUAAUAGAACUGGAGAUUCGCCUUCGUCACCUAUCGAGGACGAUUUGGAGAUUUCGCGGCCGGAUUGA